AUGACCAUUAAGAAUGAAGAAUCAACAGAAAGAAUAAAUAGAAUGUACCGCUAUGUAUUGCGUCUUUAUGGUCAUCUUAUUAAUAGCCAAAAGGCACUAGUAACUCUUAAAGACAUUUGGGUAUUCUUUAACAUUCUUGUACCAGAUGACGAAUCUCCCAAUAAAUGCAAAACAAAAAUAAGGGAUAUUCUAUCUGGUAGUGUAAAGACAUUUUCAGUAAAGCAUAUUAAGGCAUUCUCUUUUUCUGUUCAAGAUAAUAACUUCAAAAUUGCUUCAGAUGAUUUAUACUCAUUUCACCGUAAAGUAGCUCGAGAGAAUGGUAUUCAACUCUCUAGAUGGUUUACAAUAAACAAAUAUAUAUGCAAGAAAGGCAAGCGGACUAGCUCACUUUGUCCACAUGAAUUCUAUGUAUCUAUAAAAGAUUUCUGUCUACUGGAAGAUCUUACAACAAUAAGCGAUCAAUUUCCUAUUUUAGCUCUCUUACAGGAUCAUACUCUUGUUCUCACAUGGGAUAUAGAGACGCAAUCACAAAAAUUGGGUGAAUUUGCUGAAUAUCCUGUUAAAGCUCUCAAGGAAGGUGAAGAGGAUCUGGAGGAGAAAGAAUAUAUAGGUAGUCUAAUUAAGAUCAAAAUUAGUGCAGAAGAUGAUUUUACUUUUAGCUUCCUUAAACUGUCAAGUUGCUGUGGUCUUGACAGUAAGGCCGACAUGCCAUAUGAUAAAAUAGAAGUUGCCUCUAUAGCUUAUGUUUCUCUUUUUGACACACACUAUCGCGCAAAUAGAAUGAAGGUACAGAACCUUUUCAGAGCAUAUGCUGUCAAACGAGAUAUAGUAAUAAGUACAAAGGUUCCUGAAAAUAUAGAAAAAGAAAAAUAUCCUGGUGUGUAUGUAUUUCCACCUAAAAAAGGGAUUGAAAGUAGAAGAUCUGUAACGGGAUUGGAUUUCGCUUCAUUAUAUCCUAGUAUUAUCAUGCCAUAUAACCUCUUCCCAGAAAAAUUUAUAUUUGAUCCAAAGGAUGUCAAUAUUGCAUAA